UAGAAUGGGUGGGUGCGUUAACAGGCGCUUGUAGCUUCAUCUCCCCCUGGGAAAGGGAUUGGGAAAGUAGUGCGUCACUCCAGCGGGCUGCUACACAGCGGGCGCGGUGAACAGGCGCAGGCUGGCUGACGCCGGGCUUGGCGGCUUGCAGCUUGUUGAAUGAGCCGCAGAUGGAGUGGCGGUGGCGGGGACGAAGUGGAGGUGGCACAGGGCAGACAGUCCCGGCGGCCCAGGGUUUGAAAGCACUCUUUUGCCAUUGAAGUAUUUUUUGGAAACGUACAAGAAAAGUCUGCAAAAUAACUAAACAAUCCGAAAGAAAAUUAUCUGAACACAUUCCAAAACCAAAUUGAAAUUAUUUUUCCCUGUGGAUUUUAAACUAGACUUUGGGGGAAUCCUGCUGAAGUACAAAGCAGAAUUUCGUAUCUCAAGACUGGUUUGGUGAUCAGAAUAGUAUUCCUUUUUAAAACCACUUCUUCAGAACUACUGUUAAUCUCUUGAAACACAAUAGCAUCCCUGCUAUUGGCUUCAAAACUAGUUGAGAUGACGACAAUGGCAAGCUUGUUCUCAUUCACCAGCCCAGCUGUGAAACGCCUACUGGGCUGGAAGCAAGGAGAUGAGGAGGAAAAGUGGGCUGAAAAAGCAGUUGAUGCCUUGGUGAAAAAACUCAAGAAGAAGAAGGGAGCCAUGGAAGAGUUGGAGAAGGCAUUAAGCAGUCCUGGUCAACCUAGUAAUUGUGUCACUAUUCCUCGGUCUCUAGAUGGUCGUCUUCAGGUAUCACAUCGAAAGGGCCUACCACAUGUUAUUUAUUGCCGUGUAUGGCGAUGGCCGGAUCUUCAAAGUCAUCAUGAACUGAAGCCACUAGAGUGUUGUGAAUUUCCAUUUGGCUCAAAGCAGAAAGAAGUCUGCAUUAAUCCAUAUCACUAUAAACGAGUAGAAAGUCCUGUUCUCCCUCCAGUGUUGGUUCCAAGGCACAGUGAAUUUAACCCACAGCAUAGCCUACUUGCACAGUUUCGUAAUUUGGGACAUAAUGACCCUCCUAUGCCACAAAAUGCUGCCUUUCCAGUUUCCUUUCAGCAACCAAACACCCACCCAUUCCCCAACUCUCCCAACAGAAGCUAUCCAAGCUCCCCUGGAAGUAGUACAUAUCCUCAUUCUCCGGCAAGUUCUGGGCCCAGCAGCCCAUUUCAGAUGCCAGCUGAUACACCUCCUCCUGCAUAUAUGCCUCCAGAUGAUCAGAUGACACAAGAUGGUUCACAACCCAUGGAUACAUCAAAUGUUCUUGUACCUACAGUACCACCAAAUAUAACCAAUAGAGCAGAUGUUCAACCAGUUGCUUAUGAGGAACCAAAACACUGGUGCUCCAUUGUCUAUUAUGAGCUAAAUAAUCGUGUGGGAGAAGCUUUCCAGGCCUCCUCUACCAGCGUCCUAGUUGAUGGUUUUACUGAUCCCUCGAAUAACAAGAAUAGAUUUUGCCUCGGCCUUCUUUCUAAUGUGAAUCGUAACUCAACUAUUGAGAACACCAGGAGACACAUUGGCAAAGGUGUUCAUCUCUAUUAUGUUGGUGGAGAAGUGUACGCUGAAUGCUUAAGCGACAGUAGUAUUUUUGUACAAAGUCGAAACUGCAAUUAUCAUCAUGGCUUCCAUCCAACAACUGUCUGCAAGAUCCCCAGUGGAUGCAGUUUGAAGAUCUUCAACAAUCAGGAGUUUGCCCAGCUUUUGGCCCAGUCAGUAAACCAUGGCUUUGAAGCGGUUUAUGAACUAACCAAGAUGUGCACCAUACGAAUGAGUUUUGUAAAGGGUUGGGGAGCUGAGUAUCAUCGACAGGAUGUAACAAGUACCCCUUGCUGGAUAGAGAUUCAUUUGCAUGGCCCUCUGCAAUGGCUGGAUAAAGUUCUCACCCAGAUGGGUUCCCCACAUAAUCCUAUCUCCUCUGUGUCGUAACAGUGCUUGUUGUGCUGCUUCAUAGUGCUCAUAAAUCCUUGAGUGUUGAUUUUCUGGAGUUUGUAAUCACUUGAAGGACUUAUAAAAUGGGUACAUUCUGGACUGUAAUGAAUGGGAAUCUGGAAGUUACUUGACCUUUUGUGACCAAUUGUUGGAGAAAGAUGAUCAGUCUUUUUAGUAUACUGCUGUUCUUGUGAAAGUGUUCAGUUUACACUGUAGUAUUCCACUUCUGCCUAAUCUGAAGAACUUAUCUAGGUUAUGAUUUUAGAAUGCUAAAAUGAUGAAAGGUGACCAAGCAUAGAUAAUUCACUUGAAUGUUAACUGAUGUUUUUAAAUACUAGUUUGUGGACAAAAAAUAGAUGCAAAGUCUUUUUUCCAUUGUAGCACAAUUGCUGCACAGUUGGUAUGUUGAAGUUGAAGGUAUAUUGCAUGGAUGACUUGCAAAUCCUCUAUACAUUAGGUCACUUUACAUCUAAAGUACAAAUGUGGAAGUGGACAAAAUGAGCCUUGUGUGCAGCUCGGUCUUAACAAGUGCUGACAUUAACUUUUUUUUUAUAAUUAAACCAGAGUAGUGUCAAGUAAUAGCUUCAUUCUCAGUGGAUUUCCAAGAUGUGUAUGGAUGCACAAGUAUGAUGAGAGUUAGAGUAGUUACAUUUGUCCUCAUUUCAAUUGGGUUGGGACUUUCAAUUUGACAAUAGAAGGAAGUAGGUAAGUGGGCAAUGUGACCCCUGUGCUGUUUGGUGAAUUCAGUAUUUUUAACCAUUACCUAUAAUGUGUACUUAAGUCUAUGAAGCUACUGUUCACUUACUAGUAGCUAAGCAUUAGUUUUGAGGUUGUUAAUUAAAUAUUUUUAAAAACACAAUUUUGGUAAGCAAGAUUUGUAGUGUAUACAUCGUUCUGGCUUUGUCACCUUUUAUGUGCUAAUUUCUCUUUAAAGAGAAGCAUUGAGAUAUUUCUAUCAAUCCUCUGAGUAGCUGAUUAGUGGAUACCAACAGGUUAGAUAUUUAUACAAUGAUAAAGAUAGUCUUGUACAUUUUCUUCCAGUUUUAUUGGUUAAAGUUGGCUGGAUGUUUGCAAUACAUUGUUAGUUUUCCAAGUAGUAAAUCAGCUUGUUUUAUAAAUAAUGCUCAAUUCCUUUCAGUUCUUGUAUAUGCACUUUUACACAGACUUUUGCUGUUGUGCUGUGGAAUUGGGAAGCAACAUUUAUUUUGAGGAUUGCAAGUCCUUCAUUAGAAACCAUGUAAAUUUUUUGUCAUGAUUUUUAAAGUACAUGUUUCGUUUGACUUUUUGUAACAAAUUUGAGAAUUGCACCACAACAAAUUCUAUAUGGUAACAUCUCUCUAAAAUUCUAUCUUUGAAGACAUUAAGGACAGUUUUAUCCAACUAACCCAGAUUUGCAAUUAUUUUGGUUUAUUUGUUUAAAUAUUUAAUCUAACUAUCUUUAGAUUACUAUUUACUUUUUGUGUGCGUGCUGGGUGGGAUUGAGGGGGUGAUGCAGGGGAAAUUUUGGGUUUUCCUAGGCAAGGUUAUAGAUUGUCACCCUAUUCCCAGACCUGUGCAAAAUAAUCUAACGAGACAUAGGAGAGACGAGAGGCCAUAGUCCGUGAUUUCUUUUUUAAAACAAAAGCAUAUUUGAGGAAUGAUUUUGUACUGAAUGUUCAUUGGUGCAUGCAAAUAUGGUUCAUAAUAGGAACAUACUAAUUUGUUGAAAUUUCAUCAUGAUUACAUGCUCAAAACAUCUCCAAUAAACCACAUAACUUUGCAGUGCAAAUGUUGUAAUGGUUGAAAUUGGCUAUUGCCGUAAUAUUUAGUGAUUUACUUCUGAUAAUAUGUGCUGCAAAAGAAUGAAAACAUUCUAAAAGAUAGAUGAAAACUCUGCAAUGAUGAUGUCUUGUAGCUUCCAUGUGUAGGGUUCUUCACCCAUGCCAGAAAAAAACAACCAUUUUCCAACAUUUUGGACAAGAUAAUGACACAAAUUCUGCAGAUUGUUAGGAGGAAUUCUCUAGUUUUGUUUGGAGAUCCACAUCUACAUUCCCCGUGUGGUUUCAGGUGAUGCAGUUAUCUCUGCAUGUGUUUUGAUGUCCAUCAACUGCAGGAUUUUGUCAUUGCUGGAUAUACUUAGAGUGUCAUUCAGCAGACUAUAUAACUGUCUUCAUUUUUUUGGGAACGAGUAGAGUUGGGGCACAGGGUCUUGUGGUUGCCGGAACAUUGUUAUAGUACAGUGGUCUCCUCAAUGUUAUUGGGUAUCGAGACAGGUUGCUGUGUAGUUUGUGAUCAAGUUUGCUUUCCUGAGUCUUACACCCCUGUGUAGAUUAGUGUUUUGGGGCUUCCUUGUAACCAAAUCAGUACAAAGAGUGUUCUUCUCUAAACAUAAUGCUUUCAAAAAGUCUAGUCUAGGCAGCGAUGCCCAUGUGGUGCUCUCAUGAGAUUGUUCUGUGAGCUCAGAUUUUCAUACCAUUAUGGGAAGCCAGCCAAAGUUCAUGAGAUAUGAGCCUUUUACCCUAACUUUUAUAGGGGCGACUCUGGUUGAACCAGGUGGGACUUCAUUAAAUAAGUAGACCUCGUGUCCCUUUUGCCUUGUGAUCAUCAAGCAUAGGCUGUUUGUUUGGAUACUGUUGGCUACUGGCUUCUGCUGAGGCCUGUUGGUACCAUUAGGAAACAUGCAGUCUUUUGGUGAAGGGUUAAUGAAUGUCAGUGAAAAUGAAAGUGUAGAAACUAAUGGUACCAGUAGAUUGUCCACACAAAAUAGCUUAAUGUCCUGCCCAUGGUGCUUAACAGUAAGAUGUGUGCUCUACAAUGCUGCAAUCUUCAUCCAGCUGAGAGCCAAGACUCAGUGGCUGAGUUUGUCAUGUCUGCCCUGCAGUGCUCAAUGAGUGGCUGUUGGCUGGAGCAUGGUUGUGCUAUCAUCCAUAUAUUAGGAUUCUUCCAUCGUUUGAGCCCUUACCAUUCACCCUCCUACUGACAAAAUGUCAUAUAUUAAUUAUUUUGCUCAGGUGUUGUAGCCUUUUGAUUUAGAACAACAAAGAAACUGGUUGGAGACCAAUUGAGAACUUAAGAGUUCCGUCAUAGUCAGUGGUAUAUCAAGGUUCUAAUGGUAAAAGGGCAAGUCUUGCAUUAUUUUUGGAUUUAUUCUAUCUUCACUUCAGCUAUUUUACAUAUAAAUGGUAACUAGUUUAGCUGAUCCAGUUCACCAAAAUUCCCUCAAAUGACAUCCAUGAAAGGAUUCUACUUUUCGUACUAUUAUAUUGCAGGAUAACUGUUUCGAUCAUGUUCAACAUUUUUGUAAGCAUGUUGUAUGAUCGACUUUCUGCUUGUUGUUUCUCUUGUCUCCAUCCCACAAUGGGCCAGUAUGUAAAUUGAAGUCCCCAGAAAUCAAAAGACUUGAGGAAGACAGCAAAGAAGUGUUUUACAGAAGUGACAUGUACAAAAUAAACAUGCUUUUCACUCAAGAAAAUUUGGGAUAUUCUUGAGUACUGUGUUGUGCUGUGAUCAAAUUGCAUGAAAUGUUUCAAUAAAAAAAAUUCCGUGAACUACUCGACCAUUUCUUCAAUGUAACAUUUGGCUUCAAGAAGUAACUAAUAUUAUAGUGACAUUAAUUUAUCUCCCGUGCUGUUUAAAGACAACAAUUAAAGUUUAAGCUUUCA